AAGUUCUAAAACAAGGAGGAGAAAGAGACAACACCAUAAACUAUCGAGCGUUUCAAUACCUUUAGUUCUUUCUCUCUAAAGAUAAUUUUUUCGAGAAUCUUUCGUUAUUACGACCAUAUACAGGGCUCUAGAACGGAUUUCUCGUUCAUCAGUGUCGAAAAGGGUUGUCGAUGACUAUGCAAGCAGACUUAUUAUGCCCCAGAAAACAGAUGAAGUUGCCGAAUUUGCGUUACAAGCCUCGAUUGAAUUACGAUUAGUGUUUGAUGUUCUCGUUUUACUUUUAGGGUUCUUGGUCUGUUUACAAAAGGAGAAGAAUUGCAAAAAAGGAAGUGAUAUAUCAGUAGAUGUUUGUUGUACUAGUUAUCUGCUAAUAUAUAGAAAAACUAAUAGGGUUUUUUGUUUUGUUUUGUUUUGUUUUUCUUUAAUUUUCAUGUUCUUCAAGUUAUCUAUCGCUUUGAGACCAUACUUCCAGAAAGUAUUGAGUAUUCAAUAGUAUGGUUUUUGGAUAUGGACUUCAAUUAUCCUGGUUUUCUCAGUGAAAGCUAGUAGACCAUUAUAUAUCAUUUGCCAGUAAAAAUAGCUGAAAAGCAAGAAAUAUAUUGCGAUAAUCAAUAAAACUAUAUUCUAAUAAGUAAAUGGGAAGCCCUGUUUUAAAGAAUGGGAUAAAGGGCCAGUGUUCGGGAAUCACUGAACCAAUAUCUUGGAGUAGGCCCACUGAUUAUGACAUUGUCAAGACUCGAGAACUUGAAAAGUAUUUGGUUGAUGUGGGCUUGUAUGAGAGUCCUGAGGAAUCUAUUAGCAGGGAAGAAGUUCUUGGGAAAUUAGAUCAGAUUGUUAGGAUUUGGGUUAAAUCUAUAAGUCGUGCAAAGGGUUUGAAUGAACAACUAGUACAAGAGGCAAAUGCUAAGAUUUUCACCUUUGGUUCUUAUCGGCUUGGGGUACAUGGUCCUGGUGCAGAUAUUGAUACAUUAUGUGUGGGGCCACGACAUGCAACACGAGAAGAUGAUUUUUUUGGUGAACUCCAUAGAAUGCUGUUGACAAUGCCUGAAGUGACAGAGUUGCAUCCUGUUCCUGAUGCUCAUGUUCCAGUUAUGAGAUUCAAGUUCAAUGGGGUUUCAAUAGACCUUCUAUAUGCAAGACUUUCACUUUGGGUUAUCCCUGAAGACUUGGAUAUCUCUCAAGAUUCAAUACUGCAGAAUGUUGAUGAACAAACUGUUAGAAGUUUAAAUGGCUGUCGUGUUACUGAUCAAAUUCUGCGUUUGGUGCCCAAUAUCCAGAAUUUUCACACAACAUUGAGAUGUAUGAAAUUUUGGGCUAAGCGACGGGGUGUUUAUUCCAAUGUUUCAGGGUUUCUAGGUGGUAUUAAUUGGGCUCUUUUAGUUGCUCGAAUAUGCCAACUUUAUCCCAAUGCUCUUCCCAGCAUGUUGGUGUCUCGAUUUUUUAGGGUUUAUACACAGUGGCGUUGGCCUAAUCCUGUAAUGCUUUGUGACAUUGAAGAAGGAUCUUUUGGACUGCAAGUUUGGGAUCCCAGAAGGAAUCAUAAGGAUAGGUUCCACUUGAUGCCUAUCAUAACCCCUGCCUAUCCUUGCAUGAAUUCCAGCUAUAACGUGUCAUCAAGUACUUUGCGUAUUAUGACAGAAGAGUUUCAGCGUGGAAAUGAAAUGUUUGAGGCUAUGGAGUCUAACAAGACUAGCUGGGAUGCACUGUUUGAGCCUUAUCCAUUUUUUGAAGCAUACAAAAAUUAUUUGCAGAUUGAUAUUGCGGCUGCUGAUGCUGAUGACCUCAGGAAAUGGAAAGGAUGGGUUGAGUCUCGUCUUCGUCAGCUUACACUGAAGAUAGAGAGGUACACUUUCAAUAUGCUUCAGUGUCACCCUCACCCAGGGGAGUUUUCGGAUAAAUCCAAACCAUUCCAUUUCUGUUACUUCAUGGGUCUUCAGCGUAAGCAAGGAAUUCCAGCAAAUGAAAGUGAGCAGUUUGACAUAAGACUGACCGUAGAUGAAUUUAAGCACUCUGUUGGAGUGUAUACACUUUGGAAGCUUGGUAUGGAAAUCCAUGUAAGUCAUGUCAGGCGAAGGAACAUUCCAUGUUUUGUCUUUCCUGGUGGUGUUAGACCUAAGAGGAUUGCAGAACCAAAGGUUUCUGCACAUGCUGAAGAAGAAAAACUAAGUGAAGAUCAUAAAAAGAGAAAGAGGGAACCUGAUAGUUCUGAAACAGCUGUUUUGGCAUUAGAUGGAGUAAGUAAUCAUAUAUCUGAAAGUAAUAAGAUUCCAAAUGACAUUCUGUCAUAUGAUAAUGGGGGAAUCAAUGAAGUUGUAUGUGUACCCGAAGUCUCAAAGGAUGAGAAACUUGCAGUUGAGAAGAUCAUGUCUGGUCCCUAUGAUGCUCACCAAUCAACAACAUCUGAACUUGAGGAGCUUCAAGAUGAUAAUGAAUAUAGAAGUCAUGAGUUGAAAGGAACUAAUGAGAGCGAAGGGGCUAGAGUAACAGAAUCUUCUACAUCACAAAUCCCAGUUACUCAUGUGACAACAGUCAGGAAAGCUGUUCCAAAGAGUUUGCAUGCAAUAGGUGGAUUGGAAGAGCUUGAGCCAAGCGCUGUCCAGCCUGCAUCAAGAACACAGCUAAAGCCACAUCUCAGGUUGAAGUUUACUUCCUUGGCUAAAGCUGGUAGUGGAAGCAGUUGAAGUAUGGGCCUACAAAUUUGGCUACCCCUAUAUUUUGGUUAUUUGAGAUAAGCAACAAAGAGAAAACAAUCAUCAAGUAAGAAGGGAGAAGAUAGGCCAAAUUGGGAGAACACCAUGUCCCUUGGCUUUCUUCUUAAUGAGAUUGCCUAAGACAAAAUAAGACAACAGAUUUUCUUUUUCCUGAUGUACCUAAAUCUUGAAUUAACAUGUUCAAGGGAUAUUUCAACUACAACUAGUUAUGUUCAAGGGAUGUUUUCCAAUGUAUGCUGUUUAUCUGAAUCAACUUUGCUUAA